CGCCAUGUUGAUUGUUGACAUUUUUAACCAAAUGUUCUGUUAAAACUAAAAGAUUUGUUGUAUAUUUUGUUAUGAUUUUUUUGAAAGUGACAUUUGGAAUUUGUUGAUUAUUACGAAGUUUUCAAGUUACAAAAUGGCUACAAAUAAAAACAUCAAUGAAUGCGGAUGGUUUUAUCAUGCACCAGCAAAAAGAGAAGAGAAACCAGAUCCAGCCCCUACACCAUAUAUUUCACAGAUUCCUGGCUUGAGUGAAUAUGAAGAUGACCAACCUACUCAACCACAGGGACUUUAUUUUAAAGAUACUGACAGUAAAUUUAUAAGAUUAUCAAAACAAGGUGGUCGUAAAGAUUUGUUGGUAUUCAAGGACAAUAAGCAGACAGAAAACAAAGAACCUCAAGGAUAUCCUAAAGUAGAUUGGUUUUAUUUAGCAGAUAAUGCUAGAGAAGAUGCUGCAAUUCAGGAACCAAAGAAGCCACAUCAGUUUUUAUUACCAGAAUAUAUGGUCUAUGACAGUUAUGUCCCUUCAUGUGUAGAGGGCACUAGUCCAAGUCCUGACGGAUCAAGGAGACAAGGAAGUCGAGUACCGUAUGCAUGUGAUAAACAGACUAUAUUUCAAUCUGAAGGCAAUGAUGUUACUGAUAAAAGAGUGAAGAUACCAGAGGCCAGGCAACCUGGGUUUGGUGUGCGGAACAGUAAACCAGUAAAAGUUCAGCAACAUACUUCAAAAACUCCAAAUGGUUCUAAUAUGAUGAAAGAUCAUGGACGUAUCGUGUAUUUUAGAAUAACAGAGGGUGAUAAACUUGCACAGAUGCACCAUAUCUUAGCCUAUGACUAUGAGAGACAAUGGCAUGAAGAGAUGAAGAAAUCUCAUGACCAGCAAGCUCCAGCUAAACUGAAAGGAGAACAUCCAAUACCAUCUGAAUAUGAUGAUAAAUAUGGGAAAAAAGCCGCUCCAAAGAAAACAAGUCCAGCUGUUAGCCCCACUAGUCGUAGAGGUGAUAGUGCUAAGAAACAAACUACUCAAAAUACAGAAUCAGAAAUGUUCAAAUUAUCCAAUUGAAAAUCCAUAAUUUUAUUUAUUAUACCAUUAUUUUACAUCAGGUUAUGUUGAUCAAUUACCAUUUGAAUAUAAAAUUUAGAGUUAUA